AUGGUCCCCGGCAAUGAACAGCUUCUCCAGAAGACAUGCAAGGAUGAAAUGGACGCACUUCUCGACACCGCCAUCAAAACUCACGACGGGGAGCUGGCUGAGCGGGUCGUGAAGUACGUGGGCAACGUCAAUGCCAAAUCAGGGGGUGUGUAUGUCUUGCAUUGGGCGGCUGAGACCGGGGAUCUCAAGAUUGUAAAGCUGCUGCUGGAUGGAGGAGCCAAGCUGGAGCCCAAGACUCAUUAUGACGACACUCCAUUGCAUUGGGCGGCGGGAAAGGGCCAUCUCGAAAUAGUGGAAGAGUUGGUGAAACGAGGAGCAAAGGUUAACCGGAAGAACGGGGACGGCAUGACCCCUCUUCACCUGGCAGCUCAGAGAGAUCGGGUCAACGUGGUGAAGUACUUGCUGGCCAAUGGGGCUGACGUCAACGUGAAGACAGGGAUGUUUUCCGGUAAGAAGGCCUAUGAUGUGGCUGCCACGGACGAGAUCAAAGAACUCGUGAAACCCAAAAAAUAA